CCGAACCGGAAGCGCGUUCCUAGUUGUCCAGGCAACACCUCCCUCCCUCUUUGUGUCUCCUCUCCCCCCCCCCCUUACCCCCCCUUCGCCGAGAACUGGGCCCGUGGUUGCCCACCGCCUGAGAUCUUCAAGCUGCAUGCCCACGAGGGCCCACUUGGACUUUGGCUGUCAGAGAUAGCAGCAAUGACAUCAAAAUGGAGAGCUACUGCAUCUUGGUAUUCUCACCCAGUAUAUGCAAGAUACUGGCGACAUUAUCAUCAUGCAAUGUUUUGGAUGCGAAGCCACCAGAAUGCCUACAGAAAGUCCCGGGAUUCCCAUUUCGUGUCCCCGUGGUUCUCCCCUCAUGGAGUUCUUCCAUGGAACUCUCUUGCUUAUGAGGCUAGGCAUCCGUGGAAUGUUCAAGGCCAGCACAUGGCCUGGCAGGAGCCUCCCUACAGUGUUUCACAUCUCCAAAGCUCUGGGCAGCCUCUGUGUGAUAGCAGUAGAACCCAGGCCUCCACAAGAGAAGAUGAAGACGAAGAGAUGGAGUCCGAUUCAGAUAACGAAGUAGAAUGCGACUUGAGCAAUAUGGAAAUCACCGAGGAGCUCCGCCAGUACUUUGCAGAGACCGAGAGGCACCGAGAAGAGCGGCGGCGACAACAGCAAUUAGACACAGAGCGCCUGGAAAACUAUGUGAAUGCCGACCACGGCCUGUACUACAACCACCACCGGUCCGCGGAGCCCCCAUCCGAGAAGCCUGGGGAGCGGCGCCAAGCGGAGAUGAAGCACCUGUAUGGGGACAGUGCCCCCAAGAUCCUGGCCAUGGAGGCUGCUGUGCAGCUGAGCUUUGACAAGUGCUGUGACAAAAAGCAGCCAAAAUACUGGCCUGUCAUUCCCCUCAAGUUCUGAGUCCCGGGCACAGGGACCCUAGGGAAUGCCUCCAGAACCCUCUUACUUUUGGAUGUGUUCUCUUCAUCUCUCCUGGGCGUUUUUCAGAGAAAGAGGCCCAUACACUGACACAGUGGAUACAGUCUGUCAGCCACUUGGAAUUCUGUCAGCAGGAGGUGUACUGUUGCUAACACAAGGAAUGCCAUGAAGCGAUAAUCAUGUAUAUUGUACCGGCUCUUGAUUGGCUCUCCAAUAGUUCAUUGAAAUUCUUGCCUAGAGAUACUGUCUAGUGGUUUGCAUUUGUAAUUUCCUUCUUUAAAUCUUCCUGGAUAUCACAAAAGCCUUAAGGCACAUGUCAUCUUUUUUUUUGAGACUAGUCCUCAUAUAGCCCAAGCUGGCCUCAAACUCUUAAAUCCUCCUGCCUCCACCUCCCAACCGCUAGCUUACAGGUAUGUGCCCCAUUCUGGGCUCCGAUCCACAUAUUCUCACUGUAACCUUUUGGUUCCCUCUGAAAAGGAGGCAAGUAUACAGUAAGACAAAUGCCACUUGUCACUCGGCUAGCUGUCAGCCUGCAUGCUCUAUAAAAGGCCUGAAAGUAAAUACUUUGGGCCUGGCAGGCCAUGUGGUCUGUCUCGUGACUGCCUAGCCCUACCUUUAUAGCAUAAAAAUGGCCAUGGAUACUGAGUAAACAAGUGGAUGUGACUCUAUUCCAAUAAAACUUUAUUUGUAAAAUA